GCACCACCCUGGACCAAAAACAAAUAUUUUUUUUGUAGGCAAGAAUAUUUCAAUGUUGUGGCAGCCCUGAUACACAUACAGUAAUGUGAAAUUGGCAGUAAGCCGUCACAAAGCUUUCUUUAAACAAUCCUCACUGAUGACAUAUCUUGGGGAAUGUAUCCAAUGACAUAACUAUCCUAACCUAACCUAACUUGUCAUUCCUAAUCCAGCCUAACCUAGUAAUCAUUUGUGAUGGAAAAUGCAUUCCAAAAUGUGUACUUAUUAUUAUUUAGUUUUUAUCACCCCCUGUGCACUAGUUGCUGUAAAAUUUCAGGGCACUUCGUAUUUAUUGUCUGUGCUAAUUAUGAUGUCUAGUAAUUUCAUAUCAAAUGAAACUCCACUCAAGGAAAAUAUACUAAACAAUAUACUUAAAGAAUAUACAUUUUACCAAAAGUUAGACUAGCUGUCAUGAAUAAUGCAGCAUAUACAUACAACUGAAUAUGGAAUUGAUUUAAUUGUUUUAUUAAACAAAUAUAUUGCUCAUUACAGAUCAAGUUCGUGCUAAAUUUAAGAUGCUGAAGGCAUACUUUCUGCGAGAGCACAAAAAGAUACAGUCAGCACCAAGUGGCUCAGCAGGCAAGACACCUACAAAAUGGGAAUAUUACAACUGCCUUGCAUUCCUAGGUCCAAGUGAGGAGCUCACAACAGAGGCAAGCUGGUCGGGACCAACACACAAGGAACCUUCAUUACCCAUGCCAGAAUUUCUACCUGAAGAGUCAUCCAUCUAUUUAGUUGAAGAAGCCAGUAUAUGUGAGGGACUUGAGGAAACUGGUUUUGAAACAGACCAGAUCAGUCAUUCCACUGAACAAGCCAAACAGGUGACUGCAAAUGAUCUUGCUGAUGCCUUGAGGACAUUCAGUAAGGAACACAACCCUGGGUCACUUACAAGUUCAGCUUCAUCAUCCUUUCUGACGACUCCAUCACCAUCUAGUCCAGUUUUGUCAGCAGCUGAAGGCCAGCCUAGGCGUUUGUCUUCAAAUGCCAUGAAGAGGAAACGAGCCUUCAUUCUCCAAGUGUGCUGGGUCAAUGAUUGAAAAUAUCAUAAAUCUAGUUCCAUCACACAUGCAGUAUGAACUUAGUUUUGCUAUUUUGAAUAGUGCUCAAAAGGUAUAUGAGGAUUUUGUACAAAAAAAAAUUUGUAAUAACAGAACAUUUUUUAGCAUUUGUACAUUUAUAACAUUUUCUGUCAUUAUUGCAUUCAGCUGAUAUUUUUGGUUAAGUAAAAUAAGUCCAUAA